AUGCUGCGCCGCGUCCAGGCAGUUCGCACCUCUGGCCCGCAAAGCGUGCCCUCCGCGCUCGCGUCUCUGCCGCUGCUGGGCCCUGCACUUGUAUCCCUUUCCGUGUAUGGGCAACGUGUGGCCGGCGUGUGGGACCGGCUGCUGCCGAUGCUGUCCCUGUUCUUCUGCCUGUCAUUCACCAACACCAUCCUGGACUCACUCAAGGACACCCUCGUCAUCACCGCGCCCGGUGCUGGCGCGGCGGUGGUGCCAUUCCUGACGGUGUAUGCGGUGCUGCCCAGCUCCCUGCUGUUCCUGGUCGCCUACUCCUGGGCCAGUCAGCGCAUGUCGCGGGCGGCGCUGUUCAACGCCAUCGUCGCAGCGUUCAGCGCCUUCUUUGCGCUCUUUGCGCUGCUGCUGAUGCCCAACGCAGACUCACUGCACCUGCACGCCCUGGCGGACUCCCUUCAGCAGGUCCUGCCCGCCGGCCUGGGCGGUGCGGUGGGCAUGGUGCGCAACUGGACCUACACCCUCUUCUUCUGCGCCGCGGAGCUGUGGGGCGACGUCUGCAUGGGCCUGCUCUUCUGGGGCCUCGCCAACGAUACCACUUCGCUGCAGGACGCGCCCCUCAUGUACCCCAUAUUCGGGCUGGGCGCCAACGUUGCGCAGGCCGCGGCAGGGCUGGUCCUCAAGGCCACCACCGCCGCGCGCGCGGGCGGCCCCGGCGUCAGUGGCUUCUGCCGCGAGGUGCAGGCCACCAUGGCGGUGGUGCUGGGCAUGGCGGCGCUGGCGCUGGCGGUGCACCACCGCAUCACGAUCAGCCAGCCGCGGCCGGAACGCCAGGCAGAACUUCCGCCGCGGCCGGGCAGCAGGCGUGCGCGAACCGUGGCGGCAUCUGCAACAGCAGCCGCUGCGGCCGCGGCGUGUGACCACGGCAGCGCUCUCAGUCUGGAUCUAGGGGAGGGGGGCGCGAGCGAUCUUGAGGCGCUGCUGGCUGAGCGGAUGCGCAGCGGCUCUGGUCACAGCGGCAAUGGCGCUGUGGGGGACAGAAGCUUCAGCAGUAGCGACGACGUGGUCGGCAGUGGGACCGGUCAGAGCAGCAGUGCCAGCCAGAGCAACGUCAGCAGUUCAGGCAGGAACAGCCCUUCUCAGGAGCAGCGUGCGCCGCAGCAACUGCAGCAGGAAGCCUCGCAGCCUCAGGCGUUGCAAAGCACAGGUGCUGAGGGGACAGCAGCGUUGAAAUCAAAGAGUAAAGGCAGUGGCGACGGCGCUGGCGAUGACAGCAAGAAGGUGUCGCUGGCUGAGUCCUUCUCCAUCCUCGCUGGCAGCUUGGAGAUCCGGUGCCUCGCGGUGAUGAGCCUGGCGCAGGGGCUCUGCACCUCGCUGAUGGAGUUUGUUUGGAAGAGCCACAUGCGCCUGCUGUACCCAUCGCCCUCCGACUUCACCUCGUUCCUGGGUGAUGUUGCCCUGUGGACCGGUGUCGUCACGGCAUCGUCCAUGCUCAUCAGCCCCAUCCUGUUUGAGCGCCUUGGCUGGCGGGGCGUCGCCAGCACGACUCCCCAGAUCCUCCUGUUUGGCGGCACCCUUUUCUUUGCUGCAGCCAUUGCCUACCAGCACUGGUUUGGCAGCGCCGCCGCGGCAGCAGCAGCGGCUGGCGUGGCCGCGCCAGCUGCAUGGCUGCUCUCUGGGCUGGUGCUGGGAGGCGCUCUGCUGUACGUGUUCAGCAAAGCGUCCAAGUUCUCCCUGUUCAAGCCCGCCGAGGAGAUGGUGUACAUAACGCUUGAUGAGGCAGGGCGAACGCGCGGCAAGGCAGCCAUCGACGUGGUGGGAUCACAGACUGGCAAGUCUGGUGGCAGCAUCCUGCAGCAGGGCCUGCUGCUCAUGAGCGCUGGCGCGCUUACCGGACCCAUUCUGCCUGUGCUCUUUGCUUGCUUCUUCCUCAUGCUGCGCGGCUGGAGGGGUGCUGUCAGUGAGCUCUCCAGCCGGCGCAGAUACACCCUCAACAGCCCGGUGCAUUCCAUGGAGGAGGAGGACUGGCCAGAGGCCAGCACAGGCGCGGCGGUUGUUGCAGCUCCCCCGCAGCCAGCUGAGGUGGCGGCGCGCCUUGAGGCGGCAGAGCUGGCUGCUGCGCUGAGAGAGCUGGGGCAGCUGCCGCCGCCGCAGCCGGAGCAGCAGCAGCAGCAGCAGCAUGGGGGCGGAGAGGGGGCGGCGGCCCCUGUAUAG